AUGAACACAAAACAGACCAGUCCCGAUUGCGGUGUUCAGUCCAGCACGGACACCACUGACCCGCUUGCACCUCACGAUAGGGCCCCUCGCUUUCAGCAUGUUCAACCAGGAGUGGAAGCGUACCGAGAUGCGACUCGGGAGGCCUUGAACUUUCUGAAUGGGGCCAUAUUACAGAUGACAUCUAUUCCGAGNGCAGCUGAACUUCAAAAAGCCGCCGAUUAUUUGGCACAAAUUAAACUAGAAGAAGAAUUGUUUGAAAAAUCACCACCACAAUGGCGCGACCGGUUCUCCGAACGGGAAUUGGUAACUCAGCGUCAAGCACUGCUUAGAUUAAAGGAUAAAUUAACCGAUCCGGGUGGUCAAUUUCUGGCACGUUAUCGGGCGAAUAUGGAUUUUGGGAAUGUACGCUGCACUAGCGACGAGUGUGCCACGAAUGAACUCACCAAACGAACAGAACAAGAUGACGGAAUCGGUUGGACAGCGACUGCUGUUCGAGCAUCGCAUGCCUGGGCCAUCCAAGAAUUGCGCGGGUUGAAUAGUGAACUGGGACCGUUAGCUGAGGCAUCCAAAAAGCGAAUGGAACAAUACAUGGAUGAGAUGGAUAUUACGGAUCGUUAUAGCGGUUUUCGUCGAAAUCUGGGAUACGCGCAUCGAACGGAUCCGAAUGAUCUCAAAGCUCUUGAGACCGCUUUAGAAUCGACUUUACGUCCACCAGUUGCCCCCCGAUGGAAUCUNAGGUUCUGA